UACACUUCUGUGAAGUAGCUACUAGUACUGUACUAGACGAGCUUGCAGAGUAUUUCCUGCCAUCUGAUCUGAGUGUGAGCUCCUCCCAGAUUUAUCGAGCCAAAAAAUAUCUUUUGCGACGUUCAGCAGCUAUAGCAAAGGACUUGGAAGCUAGAGGGCCUCUGUAGCAUGGCAUCCAUCAUCAGUGCAGUCGCGUUUGUGCCACCUGGCCAUGCUGCUGCCUUUCCAUCAAAGUACAAUCUCUCAGAUGAUGAAUAUGCGCGCAUUCAAGGGCUGUCGGCACUGCAGCUGACGGAGGCCAAACAAGCCCUGACUGCGGCGCAAUCAGGCGAGCCAGUCGAGGAUGAUGGCGACGAGGCAUUUGAAGAUGUUGAGGAAUCAGACAAAGCGGAGGAGGACGAUGAAAUGGCAAAAUACAAGCUCGAUGAGUAUGACGAUGAGCCAGAGGGCGGCGAAACGAUGGGCAUAUUCAACAACAUCAAGGGCCUCGCAUAUCAUGCGCAUGGCGAGGCAGACCCCUAUAUCACACUUGCCAAUGCACCCGGCAACGACGAGGAAGACGAAGACGAUCGCGAAGAUUUACAAAUCCUGCCUACUGACAAUAUCAUCCUUGCUGCAAAGACCGAAGAUGACGUCUCUCAUCUCGAAGUCUAUGUUUACGAAGACGACUCCUCCAACCUCUACGUGCAUCACGACAUUCUACUUCCUUCUUUCCCGCUCUGUCUAGAGUGGAUCAACUAUGCCAACCCAGAGCAAGGCGGCAACAGGGUCGCCAUCGGCACAUUUGAGCCAGACAUUGAAAUCUGGGAUCUUGAUGUCCUCGACAGCUUGUACCCAGUGCAGAUCCUCGGUGCCGGUUCAAAUCCUACCCAGAAGCGCCGCAAAAAGAAGAAUGAUCGCCAUCACGUCGAUGCAGUCUUGGCUCUUUCUGCGAACCCUAAUGCUCGCAAUUUGCUACUCAGUGCCUCGGCAGACGAGACGCUCAAGCUCUGGGAUCUUGCGAGUGGGACAUGCGCCAAGUCUUACAGUCAUCACACCGACAAGGUAUCUGCCGUAUGUUGGAACCCAAUAGAAGCCACUGUCCUUGCAUCUGGCGGCUACGAUCACAGAACAAUUCUCUCAGAUGCGCGCAUGCCAGAACAAAUCACCGCCUCUUGGGAUGUUGGUAGUGAUGUCGAGGGCCUCGCUUGGGACCCGCAUCAGAGCCAUUUGCUUUACACUGCCACAGAUGCCGGUAUGCUCAUUUGUCACGAUACUCGGCAAGUCAAGAAAUCCGCCAAAGCUAGUCUUUGGCGUAUCCAAGCACAUGAUGGUCCACUUUCAGCCUUUACGGUCAACAGGGCGGUGCCAGGCAUGAUUGCGACUGGUGGAAGUGAAGACAAACGCAUCAAGCUAUGGACGACCGCGGAUGGCAAACCUAAUAUGCUCACCUCGCGUGACUUUGAUGUUGGUAAAGUCUUUUCUCUUGGCUUCUUGCCUGCUUCCAAUGGUGGUGGAUCGAUGGGCCUCGUUGCUGGUGGCAGUGCGGGUGUUGUCCGAGUCUGGGAUACAGCCACCAACGCAGCUGUACGGAAAGCAUAUGCAAGUCAUGCCAGUAUUGCUAAGGCCGCUGAGGGUGAUCGCACGGUGGCAAUCGCUGAUGACGAGGAUGAAGUCUCCGAAGACGAUCUUGGCGAAGAAGAUGCUGCAAUGGUGAGCAGUGACGAUGAUGACAAGGCGCUUGAGAAGAAUGCAGACUACCGCGGAGAUGUCAUGCAAGACGACUGACUGCAAAGAUCUCAGCAAGACCUCCCCAGCUUUGUCAUGAUUGGUCAAUGAUAUCUUUGCCCCCCAAUUGCUGAUUUGAUCUGUCAAUUGCAUAAGGGGCAAGGCAAUUUUGAAAUGUGCUCCAUUACGACUGAGGCCUUUUAUUCUGCUGCAGCCUCAAUCAAGGUGGUAUCUGUCUGCGCAGUGCGUUCGUAUCUCGCGAUCAAUUGACCCAUGAUUUGCACGCAUAAAAAUGCUUUGUAGCCCGAUAAGAGGCAUAUUGCAGAUGUCAAUGUCGGAACAAGUAUAAUUCAUCAAGACGAACAUAAGAUUUAGCCAUUGCGACCACAGCUGAAUUUUGCAGCAGCUUGUGGACUUUGUAGAUGUCCG